UGUGGCGCGCUGCUGCUGCGAGUUGCUGUCUCUCUGCGCGAGCUCGAAGAUGGCGGUGUCCGUGUUUCCCGGCGUGCGGCUCCUUUCUAUCGGGGACGCCAACGGAGACAUCCAGCGGCAUUCCGAGCAGCAGCCCCUGCGGCUCGAGGUGAAGACUACGCCGGAUGCGGCGCUUUUAAACCUCUCCAACAAUGAGGAGGCAAGCGUGUUUAAGUGUUCAGUGUCACGGGAGACGGAGUGCAGUCGUGUGGGGAAGCAGUCCUUCAUCAUAACACUGGGCUGUAACAGUGUGCUUCUGCAGUUCGCCUCCCCCACAGAUUUCUCUUCAUUCUAUAAUCUGCUGAAGAACUGUCGCGGUCAUGUGAAAGAAAACUCAGUGUUCAGCGAGAGAACGGAAGAGUCAUCAGCUGUACAGUACUUUCAGUUCUAUGGCUACCUCUCUCAGCAGCAGAACAUGAUGCAGGACUAUGUCCGAACUGGAACUUAUCAGCGGGCCAUUCUCCAGAACCACACUGACUUCAAGGACAAGGUGGUGUUGGAUGUGGGAUGUGGCUCAGGGAUCUUGUCGUUUUUCGCCGCUCAGGCUGGCGCGCGUAAGGUGUAUGCAGUGGAGGCCAGCACCAUGGCUCAACAUGCAGAGGUUUUGGUGAACAGUAACAGAUUGACGGAGCGUGUUAUAGUAAUCCCAGGAAAGGUGGAGGAGGUCACUCUACCUGAGCAGGUGGACAUCAUCAUCUCUGAGCCCAUGGGCUAUAUGCUGUUUAAUGAGAGGAUGCUGGAGAGCUACUUGCAUGCUAAGAAAUUCCUCAAACCGAAUGGUAAAAUGUUCCCGACCAUCGGAGACGUCCACCUCGCUCCUUUCACAGACGAGCAGCUCUACAUGGAGCAAUUCACCAAAGCCAACUUCUGGUACCAGCCAUCUUUUCACGGUGUGGAUCUGUCUGCACUGAGGGGAGCCGCCGUCGACGAAUACUUCAGACAGCCAAUUGUGGACACGUUUGACAUCCGAAUCUUGAUGGCCAAAUCUGUGAAAUACACAGUUAACUUUUUAGAAACUAAAGAGGAGGAUCUUUAUAAGAUAGAGAUCCCCUUUAAGUUCCACAUGAUGCACUCAGGGUUGGUGCACGGACUAGCUUUCUGGUUCGACGUUGCAUUCAUGGGAUCUGUGAUGACUGUGUGGCUCUCUACGGCACCCACCGAGCCCUUGACUCAUUGGUAUCAGGUGCGCUGUCUGCUGCAGUCGCCACUCUUCGCCAAAGCGGGAGACACCAUGUCGGGCACAGCGCUGCUCAUUGCCAAUAAGAGGCAAAGCUAUGAUAUCAGUAUCGUUGCUCAAGUUGACCAGACUGGCUCCAAGUCCAGCAACCUCCUCGAUCUGAAGAACCCCUUUUUCAGAUACACAGGCACCACCCCGAACCCUCCUCCUGGCUCACACUACACCUCCCCCUCUGAGAACAUGUGGAACACUGGGGGGGCUUAUAGCAUGAGUCAAGGAAUGGCUGUUUCAGGAAUGCCAACAGCUUAUGACCUCAGCACUGUCAUUGGUGGCAGUGGCUCGACAGUUUCCCACAACAACCUCAUCCCUCUUGGUACAGACACGCAUGCACUGAACACGGGGAUUGUGAACCACACUCACUCCAGAAUGGGCUCAAUCAUGAGCACAGGAAUUGUCCAGGGAGCUACAACCCAGCAGGGUCCGACGAGCAGCAGCACCCACUAUCCUGUCACUAACCAGUUCACCAUGGGUGGUCCUGCCAUCUCAAUGGCCUCACCCCUGGCCAUCCCCACCAACACGAUGCAUUAUGGAAGCUAAGGCCCCUCCCUGCUUCCCGGCCCCUUUGCAUGUCCAGCCUCCCAAACUGAUCACAGCCUAAACCAGAUUACCAAAUCCAGUGCUGCAGCAUCUGACUGUCACCUCAUCCCUUUCUCUCUCUCUCUCUCUCUCUCUCUCAUCUUGAUGUAUAUUCGUAUAUAAAUAUAUAUAAAACCUCUUUCUCUGUCUUUCCGUCCCCGCCAUCCGACAACACCAGCCUUCGCUCGGUCUUGAACAGUUGGAUGCCAUUACUACUCUCUUCCUUCACAGUAGUGCAGUUCCAGGAUUAGCCACAAGGAGGCAGUGAACUGUCUUGAGCUUUGGGAUUUGUUGGAAUGUUCUUUACAGAACAGUUUUUUUUUUUUUUAAAUUUUUUUUUUUAAGUAAAUACUUAUCAGCUGUACAUUCAUACAAGAGACACUCAAUGAAAUCAGUGAUGGACCGUUUGUAAUGAACCUGAGAUUUACGGCAGGGCCGUCUUGCUGUUCCUGGGUCAUUUUUUUUUUUCUUUUCCCCUUUGCAUCAUGUCAGAUUGUCCAAUAAUAUCAGCUGUUGGCAUAAAUAUAGUCUCAGCCACCUUGACCUUUCCAAUGCAGCUGGAUUUCCUCUCUGGCUUCCAGGAACAUUCAGUAACCAUCAUUGCCUGUAGAAAAAGUAGUGUAGGUAGAUACAUUCUGAAAGCUCAUUCCCUUCCAGAGCAGCUUGAUUUUUUUUUUUUUUAAUAAUAAACAUAGUGCUGCCCCAGAUAUGCUCUUUCUCCUCAAGAUCUGCACUGUAAGGUUAGCAAAAACUAGCCCUGUACUGAGGAUUCUCCUGAUCCAGAGACGUGCGUGCGCCAGCCUUCCAGACACGAUUCUGGAACAGAUUCUGAGGCAUUCGUUAAGGAAGGAGGAUGGAUGAACUGGACAUCGGGCUCUGCGCACACCCAUCACCCACUGCAGCAGGACAAUUGUUUGUUUGGCUCCACAGGAUCUGCGUUUACAUCCCCCCCAAACCCUUUUGUUUGACCUGUGUGUGUCAUGAUGGUUCUUCUCAACCCCCCCCCCCCCCCCCCCCAAAUGUAAUCAAAGGUCACCUGUCAAACCUCUGAUUUUUCCCGUCCCCACAUCUACCUCCCCAUGUUGGGCAUUGCCUACAGAAACACUUUUGAGAAGGUAUGCAUUGUUUCCAGUGACUUUUUUUUUUUCUUUUGGUUUAGAAACUUUCAUUGAACAGAAGUCAUGUUAGUUUGUAGAAUUAGCCCCCCCUCUUUUUUUUUUUUUUAAUUUCUUCCCCAUUUCACAAGAAAAGCAACAGACAAAAAAAAAAAAUCAAUCAUUCAGAUUAAAUGUUGGUGGAGAGUUCCCUAUGAA